AUGAAGACCAAAGAGUUUGAUUUUAAACAAGAUGCAGGGGAUAUGCCCCACGAUCCUGUUGAGUUGCGCGGCAAGGAUCGCGACAGCGGAAGAAUGAUCGUGCUCGAUCGCUCCGCAGCGAAGAUCGAUCACACGGUGUUCUCAUCUAUCUGUGAUUAUUUUCGUCCGGGCGAUCUUCUAGUGUUGAAUGACAGCUACAUGCUGUCCAACACCUUGUGGUUUCAACAUGGCGAUAAGUCUGUGCAGCUAACCGUGUACGGUCACGAGGCCGACGCCACAACUAUUAUCGAAAUCAAAUCUCAGCAUCAGUCGGAAAAGCCGGGACUCGUCUUGACAUCAGUGAACGAUGACCGGCUUACCUGUACCCUUCUCGAAGCGCAGCCCGACCGACUCUGGAAGGCGAAGUUCGAGCCCUCCGAGCUAUUAGUGCCGACGCUGGAUCGAUACGGACAGCGUUUAGACCAGAGUAUCCACCUCAAUCCAACAUACUGGAAAACGGUGCCCCAGGCCUACCGCUCCGUCUAUGCCAAGUCACCUGGCUCGCUAGAGAUUCCGUCGGCUGGGCUUCACUUCUCUAAGGAACUGUUAGCUCGGAUUGCCGCCAAGGGGGUUGAGAUCGCAUAUAUCACACUGCAUGUCGGAGCGACUGAGAUUCUCGCAGUUCGCCAUAUUAGCGAGGAAGAGGUCGAGAAUCACAAAGUGAAAUCCGAGUACUUCGAGGUGGGAGACGAGACCGCUGCACAGAUCAAUCGGGCUCAGGAGGAUGGCCGCCGUAUCAUUGCCGUUGGGACAACUGUCAUGCGAACUCUCGAGACACUUGCGGCCGACAAGGACCCUCAAGCCCCCGUGCAGGCGCAAGCGUCGUGGACUGAUCUCUAUAUUUAUCCUGGGUUCAAGUUCAAGAUGGUAGAUGGGCUGCUGACGAAUCUCCACCGGCCGCGGUCCAGCCACAUCGUACUUACCGCGGCAUUUGGGGGCAAGGAACUUGUUAUGCGCAGCUACGCGGAGAUUACUGAAAGGGGAGGAUACGAGUUCGACAUGUUCGGUGACAGCAUGUUUCUCCUGUAG